GCAGGGAGAUGUAGUUCUCAAGCGAGGCAGUUGGUGGGCCGAGACCGAGCUCUGGCCUCACCCGAAUGGCUGCAGUGACGCGCGGCUGCCGGCCCUGGGGCUCGCUCAUCGGGCUGCUCGGGCUGGUUUCCGCCGCUGCCGCCACCUGGGACCUGCCUUCGCUGCGCUGCAACUUUGGCGCCUUCUGCGAAUGUGACUUCCGGCCCGACUUGCAGGGUCUGGAGUGUGACCUGGCCCAGCACCUGGCAGGCCAGCACCUGGCCAGGGCACUAGUGGUGAAGGUGCUAAGGGCCUUCGUGCAGGACCCGGCCCCUACCAAGCCGCUGGUGCUGUCCCUGCACGGCUGGACCGGCACUGGCAAGUCCUACGUCAGCUCCCUGCUGGCUAGCUACCUCUUCCAGGGUGGCCUGAGCAGCCCUCAUGUGCACCACUUCUCCCCUGUCAUCCACUUCCCCCACCCCAGCCACAUUGAGCGCUACAAGAAGGAUCUCAAGAGCUGGGUCCAGGGGAACCUCACUGCCUGCGGCCGCUCCCUCUUCCUUUUUGAUGAAAUGGACAAGUUACCCCCAGGCCUGAUGGAGGUCCUGCGACCCUUCCUGGGCUCCUCCUGGGUCGUGUACGGUACCAACUAUCGCAAAGCCAUCUUCAUCUUCAUCAGCAAUACUGGUGGCGAGCAGAUCAACCAGGUGGCACUGGAGGCGUGGCGCAGCCGCCGGGACCGCGAGGAGAUCCGCUUGCAGGAGCUGCAGCCCGUCAUCUCCCAGGCUGUGCAGGACAACCCACACCAUGGUUUCUGGCACUCGGGCAUCAUGGAGGAGCAGCUCCUGGACGCCGUGGUGCCCUUCCUCCCGCUCCAGCGGCACCAUGUUCGGCACUGCGUGCUCAACGAGCUGACCCAGCUGGGCCUGGAGCCAGAGGAUGAGGUGGUCCAGGCUGUGCUGGACAGCACCACCUUCUUCCCCGAGGCCGAGCAGCUCUUUUCCUCCAACGGCUGUAAGACUGUAGCCUCUCGAAUCGCCUUCUUCCUCUGACUCCCAGGGUGGCACUCUUGCCCUCUGCUACCCACCAGCCAUGUGGGAAAGGCCUGGGCUCUGCCAGAUGGACCGUUCCCGGCCUCCUGGAGAGUGGGGCCAGAGCUCAAGAGGAAGACAAAGCAGGGUAUCGGCCAGACCUGGGCCAGAUGGCUGGGAGGGGCCCUGGCCCUUUCACCAGUCCAAGGUCCCUGUGGCUCUUGCUGCCUUCCCCAAGGAAACUCCUGAUCACCCCAAGACCUCACUGAGCCUUAACCUCCCCUCCAGCUGAGCCUUCUCAAUGUGAACUGUAACUCAGGGACUGUGGCUCGGGGCUGCUCUCCCUCCUGGUGUGUCACCCUCGCCCCUUUCUCUGGUACCGCCUGCCCUCGCCAUGUCCCAGUGUCACAAAGCCAGGCUGGGCCUCGUCACCUUCUGUGCAUGGAGGGAAUCAAGCUGCCAGUUGGGUGUGGUUAAGAAGUUUUUAAUUUUGUAAAAGAGAACAAGUAUAAUAAACAUAACCGUGGGGCCA